GAUUCUGCCGGACUCCGCUGGAGCUCGCACCUCCCCGACUCCGCUCCGGGCGGCAGACGUGUUCGACGCGAUCACCGCGACACACGGCGGUCACACCACUCCCCAUAGACAGAGAGUACCCACUAACCGCCCUCUGCCGCUCACCAGGAACUGAGUAUUUCCUGAGCGAUAGUCCAAACCCAGCCACCGUCUGUCCUUCGGCGUGAGCUCGAAUCCAGCACCCUAUCUCUCCACCCCACCUCUCCCUUCCCUCGGCCAUGUGGUCCACACUGCUGCUGUUCAGCCUGGCCCGUCUGGCGCCGAGCUCCGCCGCCGCUCCGGAGACCGGCCUCCACUGCGCAGACGCCGUGUGCGCCGGAAACGCCACCUGCUUCAUCAAACUCAGCAGCGGAGAGCCCGUGUGUAUCGGUCGGACCAAGGUCGGUACCUGUCCGUUCACACAGCUGGCCGGCUGCGAUGAGGUCCAGAUGACGUGUAUGUCGGACGACGACUGUCCCGGCUCUAAGAUCUGCUGCCAGAAGGACUGCGAACGAGUCUGCAUGGAGCCAGGGGAGGACGUGCCGAAGCCGGGCCACUGUCCGUCCCGGUUCGCGUUCGGUCCGUGCGUCCACGAGUGCGGUCAGGACGGGGAAUGUCCCGGCAGCACCAAGUGCUGCAGCACCGGCUGCGGCAAAAUCUGCUCCUCGCCAUACCUGGCCAAGCCAGGCUCAUGCCCCGUGCCCUCCCUGGGUCGCGGUGCCAGCUGUUCCAUCGAGUGCUCCAUUGAUGACCAGUGUCCGGGCGAGCACAAGUGCUGCUCGACCGGCUGCGGGCGCGCCUGUGUUCCGCCCAGCGGAGAGCACAUCUGCCCGCGCGGCACCACCUUCUACAACAAGUGCAACAAGUGCACGUGCAGCGACGUGCACGAGCCGGUCAGCUGCGAGAGUAACAUCUGCGCCAGAGCAGAGAAGCCCGGCUACUGCCCGGCACGCUCCGACCACCCGCUCCUCAAGCAGACCGGCUGUGGAGUGCGCUGCUACGACGACGAAGACUGCGAAGGAGAGGACAAGUGUUGUGAUGUCGCCGGAUGCGGCAACAUCUGCACACCCGCAGCGAAGCAGCGACCAGGUAUCUGCCCGGUGGCCGAAGGCAAUGAUCCCUGUGGCGAGUGGUGUGAGGUCGACAGCGACUGUCCCGGAGCGGGCAAAUGCUGCCAGACUGGCUGCGGAAAAAUCUGCAAAGCGGCGGACGAGCCGGGCUUCUGCCCUGCGCAGCUGGAGACGCCCAACUGUUUCUUCCGUGACGACCAGUGCGUCUCGAGCUCCGACUGCGGCGGCGGACAAAAGUGCUGCGACACUCCCUGCGGCAGAAAGUGCACCAAGCCAGUUGGCGAAAAGCCGAUGCUGUGCCCAAAUAAGGACAAGCUGACCUUGAAGUCAGGUCACUUCUGCGACAGCGACCACGAGUGUCCGCACGAGCUCAAGUGCUGCAAGAACAGCCAGGGCGAUAAGGGAUGCACGCAACCCACCGAAUACCGCACCACGUGUAGGAACAUUAAAUGCAAGAGAGGUUUCUACUGCGUCGAUUCGGAAAAGGGGCCAGAAUGCAUCAACAAGCCCAAGACCACCUGUGCGGAGACGGUGUGUGAUGACGACGCCAGCUGUCUGCAGAAACAGGACAAGGCUGUCUGUGUUCCACACACCAAGGUGGGCCACUGUCCGCUGAUCGCCACCGCGCUGCGACCCUGCAAACGGGCCCGCGUACUCUGUGAGACAGACGACGACUGCGCCGGCGGGGACAUCUGCUGCACAGCCGGCUGUGUGCGCCGCUGUGUCACGCCGCUGCGCACUGACUGCGCCUCUGUGGGCGCCAGUCUGUGUCGGACUGCCGGAUACGUCUGCCAAGACACGGCCAACGGAGCAGUCUGUGUCGAAGAUAUCUACACGUGUGAUCACAAGAGAUGCCCGGCUGGUUACGUGUGCCACGAGAGCUUUACGGGAGCGCGCUGCGUCAAAGAGCGCCAGACCUGCGAGACCAAGAUCUGCGCGCCCGAUGAGGACUGUUACGAGGAGGAGGAUGGCGCCAUCUGCAUUCAAGCGUAUGUGGCCGAAGGAAGUAUCAAUCAAGAGGUGAAGGCGGGCAAGUGUCCCCCGAUCCGCCCGGGCUCGUACCGCGGCGACUGCCAGGAUCUCUGCAAGUACGACUCCGAGUGUCCCAAACAGCAGCGCUGCUGUAACGUCGGCUGUGCCAACGUCUGCCUCGACCCCGUCUUCAGGAAGACGUGCGACGACUUCGACUUCCAGUGUCCCGAGGGAUACGCCUGUAUCGACGAUCCGGAGAAGAUCAAGGACGCUUACUGUGUCAACACCACAAACAAGGUGGGCCGCUGUCCGGCGCCGGAGCUGUGGAGCCCCAGCAGUCGCAGCUGUGACCAGGAGUGCUCAUACGACUUCCAGUGUCAGGCCGACGAGCGCUGCUGCUACAACGGCUGCGCUCUGGUCUGCGUGGCGCCAGACCUGCGCAAACGCUGCGAGGACCACAACUGUGCCGAGGGAUUCACCUGCGUGGACGACGGGGUCACGGACGCCAAAUGUAUCAGCACAGCGCCGCGGGACGGCCGCUGCCCCCGCUGGACGCCGGGCCAGUACAAGAAGUGCGGCGAGGACGAGUGUCAGUACGACGAACAGUGUCCUGACGGCCAGAAAUGCUGCAACAACGGCUGCGCCAACGUCUGCGUCGGAGCCGACACCAGAAAACUGUGCUCCGACAUCGAGUGUCCGACCGGCACCGCCUGCAUCGAGAACCCCACCGGCGACGCGCAGUGCUUCGACACAGCGGAGAAGGACGGCCUGUGUCCGCGCGUUUCUAACGACACUCAGCCUCGUGGUGGAUGCCAGGACACUUGCAAAUACGACUCUCAGUGCGACGACAACUCAAAGUGCUGCUUCAAUGGCUGCGCUUACGUCUGCCUGCGGCCCCGCAAGCCCGACUGUGAUCAGAUCAAGUGCAAGGUCGGCUACAAGUGUAACGAGGACCGCAGUGGAAACCCCAUCUGCUCCCCGAUCCCGUGCAAGCAGGACGGCGAGAUUAUCGACAUCGAGUGUAACAGCUGCACCUGCAUCCAGGGCUACCUGCUCUGCUCACAGGAGGAGUGUCCGCCAGUGAAGCCGGGCUUCUGCCCGAAGAUCACCAAGGGCUACAAAGGCAAGUGUGUGGAGGACUGUGACAGCGACUACAAUUGUGACGGAGAGCACAAGUGCUGCUCCACCGGCUGCGGCCACACCUGCCAGAAACCCGUGUCUGAGAUCGUCCACCCGUGUAAGACGGUGCGGUUCCGGUGUGGAGACGCCACACGUUGCGCCGCCACGCGCGGUCUCUGCCAGGGCAAGACCUGCCCGCUGUCCCCGCUCUGUGUCAGCACCAGGGCACCAUUCUGCGAGAGCUGUCCGCCCGGCAAGGUGUGCGUGCUCCAGAAGCGCUCGUGUCCGAACGGCGGCUCGUGCCACCGUCAGCCCAUCUGUAUCCAGCUCUACAGCGACGACACCAUCUUUGAGGAGGACGAGGAGCUGGAACAGGUGGUAGUGGCGAAACAGACGGCCGGACGGAAGACCGGCUGAGUUACCCCUCCCUCCCAAAUCCCGGUCACUUCCCCUCCCAAUCCUUCUCCCAACCACAGUAACCUAGAACCGUCAGACGGCGGCGGAACAUUGAUCAGUGAUACGGACUCCUAAAUGCAGCAGACGGUCAGAUAUCCGUCCCCGUGGAGCCGAUAUUUGUGUGAAAUAUCGGACCGGACUGAGCUCUCUGCGGUAUAUCCGGCCGCCCGUGUCAUCUCCGCCGGGCAUUUUACCGGCCCGGCAGCGGGGAGGCCGGCCGCUGAGCGGCGCUGGGAGCGGCCGUGCUGCGGUACAUUAGAAUACUGCUGGCGGGUAGUGGGUCGUGGUAUUCCCACGAACAGUUGUGCUGUGCCGUGGGAGGGAGUCCAGUGGUGCUGGAACUGGGGGGCCCUGGCGGAGCGUGUAGCACAGGGUUGUGUCACUGUUCCAGCAGCGGUCCGAGCCGCCCAGGAGAGUGUGGUGGCCGAACGAAGUCGCUCUGUAAGGUCGUCGUGUGGAUAUGCUCUACGGUCUCCCGCUGGUUUUCUGUCGUUACUUGAAAUAGAAGUGUGGAUAUAAUAUUUCUGAAUAAAUGGUGACCCAAUUGA